UGAUGUGCAUCAAGAAAUUCUCUUGUGAAUAAAGUUUUCUUUAAAUUUUGAAAAAUAAUAUGUGUCAAAUUAUCAUAAGAACACACAUGUAAGAUAAGAAUUGGUUGAAACCCGAUAAGAAAUAUGUGAACAAAAAUCCGCAUGAAGCCAAGUAUAUGUAUCCUAGUAAAAUCUCUUCACUCAAUCUCUCAAUCUCUGAUCCUUAUCCAACUCUCCAUAGAUAUCAUCCCAAAGCCCCUCAACACAGAAAAACAAAGCAACCAUCAUCAUAACUAGGGAAGAAGAAAAAAUGGCAACAAUAAGUGGUCUAAGUCUCUCAAACCCUAGGCUUCUCUUCAACUCACCGGGAUUUCCACAAACCAUCAAGAUCUCCUCAGCAUCGCCACUCUCGACACGCCAAACCUUAACCGGAUCGGGUAGGAUGAAGAUAGUUCAACCUGUUCGUGCUGCACCAGAACAAAUAUCGAAGAAGGUGGAGGAAAGCAUAAAGAGCGCGCAAGAGACGUGUGCUGAUGAUCCGGUUAGUGGAGAAUGCGUAGCGGCGUGGGAUGAGGUGGAGGAACUCAGCGCGGCGGCGAGUCAUGCAAGGGAUAGGAAGAAGGAGUCUGACCCGUUGGAGGAUUACUGUAAGGAUAACCCGGAGACUGAUGAGUGCAAAACUUAUGAUAACUGAGAGAGUGUAAAAGUGAAACUGUUGCUUUAUAUGAUGAGUAUGAUGAACAUGAUGAGAUUUGAGAUUGUGUGUGUAACUUUAUGCAUGUUUAUGUUAGCAUCAUAGGUUAUAUAGCAUAUUAGAAGAUAAAUGUAAUUUAAAUUAAGAGAUUUCUGCAACAGUGCUUUUACUUGAUUUUUAUGAACUUUGUUAUGAUAAGGGGAUUGGAUCCAGUAAGAACAAAUUAGUGUCGUGGCUUAUAGAGAGUCCAAACACGAUGAUAAGGAGUAUGUGCUGUUGAAGAUCUUCACACGUUUAAGUUUAUAUUUUUGUAAUAGAAUUGAUGAUUUUGCUUAUCAAUGAAAUGUAGCAAGAGUGGGAAGCCUGUUCUUGAA